GGCACUUAAAGAAAAAGAAGAAGCCUGGUUUACUUGUGAGCAGAAAUGCAGACAGAUGCAAGAUGAACUGUUAGAGAAAAUUCGGACAGAUGAAGAAACAAAAAGAAAAGCUUCCCGUUUUGAGAAUGAAAUGGACAUGCUAAAGAAAGCCUUAAGUGAAGCAAAUCAAGAAAUUGCAACAUUAAAGCAAGAAAGAGAGCUGCAGUUAGUUUCUCAUCAGAACAGAAUAGAGCAGUUGCGGGACAGCUUCAAAAUGAAGAUGCAAGAUAUUAAUAACUGGAGGGCAAAGGCUGAGGAAGAGCUUGAGAAGGAGAGAAGUCAACAUUCUGCUGAACUCCAGGAGACAAUAAAAAAGAUCAAGGAAGAAGCCAGAAUAGAAUUAGAUAUUGAAAGACAAAAGCAAGAAGAAUUACUCAAGAAGUACAAAAGAGAACAAGAGGCACUACAGUUAAAGAUACCUUCCUUAAUUAAUGAUGCAACUGAAGGCUUCCAGACUGAAGUAAACACACUUGAGGUAAAACUUAAAGAAACCCAGAUGAAACUUGUGGAGAAAGAAGAAUCCAAAGAGAAAGAAAUUCAGAGUCUUAAAAUAAUAAUUAGUGAUCUAGAAUGCCGUCUGAGGAAUGAGCAGGACAAUACUGACAUACUUACAGAGGAACUGAAAAGAGAUAACAGUCAGAAAACAGCAAAAUUGAGGGAAUUGUCUCAGCAAAUGGAACAGUUAACACAGCAACUAAAUCAGUCACAAGAAGAGAAUUCUCUUCUGCAGGAAACUGUUCGUAGAGAGUGUGAAGAACGUUUUGAACUAACUGAGGCUUUAAGCCAAGCCCGGGAACAGCUCCUGGAGCUUAAGAGACUCAGUGGACAGCUCUCUGUGCCUCAGCGAUCUUUCAGCCAAGGUAGUCUAAGCUCAUCUUCAGCAUCAUCUGGUACCCACAAACAAGGUUUUGGAAGUUCUAAGUCUUAUGGAGGAAUUCAGCUUUCUGGUUUCCUUUCACAUCCCAGGACUGCAGAUUUGCCAUUUAAAGAUCAUGCUGGCAGCACUGAGGGCAUAGGCUUGCCUACAAUCCCACUUCCACAUCCACCAAAAGAAAGGGUGUCUACUGGAACAGAAGCAAAGCAAAGAAUUGCAGCAGUAUUACGAAGGAAAUAAACUUAUCAGCAUCUCACAAGAACGCAAAGAGAUCAACUUUUUUUUUUUAUUUAGAAAUUAAUUUAUGUUACCCCCCCCCCCC